AUGGGAAACAACAGCACGAAAGAGACGCGAGGCCUCGACUCGUCUUCUACUCCAAAUCUUCGGCAGACAGAUUCAGGCGGAGCGGGACCAGCAUCUUCCGGAGAAAGGCCAGCUCCUGCUCAUUCUUCGCGCGCCCAUAGAGAUAGAGGGACUCGGCCGGAUCUCUCAUUCCUAGGAUUUGGAACAAGUGCUCAGCAGGACAUCCAAGAGCGACGCGAGACCAAGCAGGAAAGGGAGGCCAGGAAGCUGGAGAAAGAAAGAGUGGCCAGAGUCAAGCAGAGGGAGAGAAGUCUGAAGGAGGAGCAUAUCGAUGGCGGAUACCUUGUGACGAUGGGUGUAUACACGGGGCCCGAGGACUUCAACAAAGAGGUAGUGAGGCAGUUGAUGAUCGAAAGACGGAUGGCACCGUUCUGGCGAGGCUUGGAUGACUUCAAAGAGGAGUGGACAGAACAUCAAUUAAUCGCUGCUGGUAGAGGUCUUCCCAUUCCUGCCGCGGAUGAGAUACCUCCAGAAGAUCUUCCGAUAUCCUCUCGUUCACAAGCAGCUGCCUCCGAUUAUCCCGCCAUGCUUUCCCCGUUGCCUCCAGCGUUGUCAAACUCUUCUACACCCAGUGCAGCUUUCUCAUCAUCCGCCCCUACCACUUCAUCACCCUUCCGCCCUCGAUCCAAGACCCUGGCUUCCCUUACAAACGCUUCGAAGAAUAUAUCCUCUUCAGAAAUCACCCCUCGGGAGGUACAGCUUCAGCCAGAUCCAUACGUGAACGGACAGGCCAUCGAAGUUUAUCUGUACAAGGAUUCUACAGAGUGUCCGAUCUGCUUCAUGUACUAUCCACCGUAUUUGAACAAGACAAGAUGCUGUGAUCAACCCAUAUGCUCAGAGUGCUUCGUGCAAAUCAAGAGACCUGAUCCGCACCCUCCCGAGCACCACGACCCCUCAAAUCCAGCUCCUCCAACAACAGAGCUCAAUGUGGAUCCGGAGGCUUUAGUUUCAGAACCAGCGUGCUGUCCGUACUGCCAGCAACCCGAAUUUGGCGUUACGUAUGAGCCGCCACCGUUCAGAAGAGGUCUUUCAUAUGCAAAUGCACACAAUGUCGCCUUAUCAACGUCCUCUAGAUCCAUCAACCCUGCAGGGGCAAGCACGGGAACCCUGCCAGCUGCUAACAAACGCAGAACUAUAUCAAUUUCAGCAAACGCCUCGACGGUGAUUACAACCGAUAAGGUGCGACCAGAUUGGUGUAUUAAAUUACAGAGCGCUAGAAGUCACUUGGCGCGGCGGGCAGCACAAGCAACUGCUAUGCACACUGCAGCUUAUCACCCGGGAAGUGGGAAUGCUCCCGAACAGAGAGGUUUUGUUUUCGGUGGACGGCCUCGAUUUGGUAGAAGUCGGAAUGAAAGUAGUCCUGGAGCAAGUGGGGCAGCAACCCCUUCGCCAACAGCCAAUGAACCUGCCGCCCGAAGUUUGUCUGAUCAACACCAGCUGGCGAGAAGAGAAGCUCAAGAAUCUGGGGGGGCUCGGCACCGCAGUAGGAUGGAGGAACUUGAGGAUAUGAUGAUGAUGGAAGCCAUCCGGCAAAGUCUAGCGGCCGAGGAAGAGAGGAAGAAGAAGUUGGAGAAGGAGGCAGCUAAAGAGGCAAAGAAGAAAGCCAAAGAGGAUAAGAAGAAGGAAAAGAGGGAGUCUAAGAGAGUGUACGGAAGUGGUACUAGCUCAGCAAGUGCCAGCGCUCUAAGUCUAUCUUUGCCGAGCUUAAGUAUCGGAAGACGGAGGACCAACAGUGGUGCGGGCAAUCUGCAGAGGGUUGUCACACUGGGUAGUCCGGAAUCGCCGGAACCAAAAGGAAAGGGUAUCGACCGUGGAGAUAGAAUUGGAGGAUCUGCACCUGUCGAUUUACCACGGGCAGGAAGUAGCUCAAGUCACGGUAUUCCUGGGGCUCGCCAUGUCGAUACAACCACUCUUUCAGCCAUCGACUCCCGUCGCUCCUCAGCUUCGCCUACAACUUCUCCUACAGCUCCAGAAAAACCUUCCCAUCUUCGCCAAAUGAGUAACGCCUCUAGUCCUGCCUCGUCCUCUGUUGAGUGGGCUCCUGGUAGUCUUCGCAAUGACCCACACACACACGGUUCUUCUUCGACCCUUGACUCGUCCAAUCCGUCCGGAUCCAACCUUGCCGCUGGUAGCUCAGAUGGCGGUGAUGUUGGUACAGAAUCACUUUCCAACUUUCAUAGCCUGGCAACAAUGGUUAGCGCAGACAGCAAAGAAGACCAAGAAGAUGCCACCAAGCACAUCGAGCACCUGUGCGAGGAUGGUUUGAAGCAAAAUACACCUGAUGAGCAGCCAGACACGACUACGAUAGAGGAAAGUGUUGCCACUUUGAAAGCUGAUGAUUCGAUAGCUGCCAAUAUUGGAGCAAUUAACCAAACAUAA